CUCUUCUCCUCACUGCAGCCGCUGCCCUGAACCACCGAACGCGACGCUGCGUGCGCAGUUCAUCCGGAGCCGGAUCCGUCCACUGCAUUGCCCGUACUGCCGUCCCAGCUACCCAGCGCGCGGCUAUUUGAGCUGUCCCACUAGUACUGGAAUGCCGGCGACAGCAUCAUAGUUACAUCUCUGCUCUCUUUCCCUCGCCGCCAUGCCCGCCCGGCUUUUCCCGCACCGCGACUGGAGCAGCCAGUCCGCCGAGCAGCAGCUUCCCUUCACAGGCGACAACGUCAACGACGCCGAGUUCAUCCAGGACCAGCACAACACCGACAUCGAAUCGCAAACACACAGCCGAGCGCGACGCAUAAGAGCGCAGUCGAACGCAUCUGCUACCCUGUCCCAGUCGUUCUCGCGUAAUCCCAUACGCUCGUUUGCACAUCAAACAUCUCAUGGCUCCACAGAGACCCCACAGUACUCGUCGCAGGGUGUGCGCGAGAGGAGCUCCCAGCUAGCAUCGUAUGCUCUAGACUCGGAAGAGUACCAGGACCGGCCGCACCGCCACAGCUUUGCAGAGCCCGAUACAACCGGACUACGACCACUCUCCGAGUACAACGAUGGCAGAGCAUCUAUUGACUCCACCAGGGAGGACACCAUCGACGAAGAUAGCGAGGUGGAGACGCCAGUGACGGUGCUUGGAGGACCACAGAGCGCAGACCAGAGCUUCUUCAGCCCCAAACUGCAUCCGUGGCAGGACACAGGGCGCAAGGCAUCUACCGCAUCCGGAGUGCCAGACGUCGUUGUACAGGACACUGAGCGAACACCGCUGCUUCCCACGCCAAGGCUUCCGCGUGCUGGCUCACAGCCACAACAGCAGAAGAGCAAGGACAAGAGCAAGAGCAAGAGCAAGAGCAGGAGCCGUUCGCCGGCCAAGAGCCUCCCUCUGCGUGUCAAGGAGUCUUUUGCAACAGGCCGCGAGCACGUUCUCGGAUUGCGCCGGACUCUUACCAACCCAAACACCUACACAAAGGACGCGCUCCUGGCUGGUGCGCUGAGCAGUGCGCAGACAUUGACGGCCGUUUUCCUUGGACUGCUUCUGAACAUCCUGGACGCGCUUUCAUACGGCUACAUCCUGUUUCCCCUAGGAGCUCCCAUCUUCAGCCAAACUGGUCCGGACGGUAUCUCCAUCUUCUUUGUCAGUUGUAUAGUGUCGCAGCUAUGCUACUCCCUAGGCCUGUCCACCUUCAAGGGUGGUGUUGGUUCCGAGAUGAUCGAAGUCGUUCCCUUCUUCCACAAGAUGGCAUACUCCAUCAUGGAGCGCAUGGAGGGCGAGUCGCCUGAAGCUAUCAUGGCCACUACCAUCACCUCCUACUGUCUGAGCUCUAUUCUUACUGGUCUAAUCUUCCUAGCAUUGGGUGGCUUCAGGCUCGGCACCUUGGUCAGCUUCUUUCCCCGUCACAUCCUCAUUGGCUGUAUUGGAGGCGUCGGGUUCUUCCUGUUCGCCACCGGUAUCGAGGUCUCUGCCCGCAUCGAGGGUAACCUGAACUACGAUCUGGCUACUUUGCAAAAGCUUUUCUCAGCCGAUACCUGGUACUUGUGGACCAUCCCGCUUGUUCUUGCCAUUUCAAUCAUGCUUAUGCAGCGGAUGGUCAAGAGCCCGUUUGUUCUGCCAGCCUUCUUCGUUCUCAUCUUCGCUACAUUCUAUGUCUUGGUGAAGGGCAUCUUUCACGUUGAUUUGGAGGACGCCCGCAAUGCAGGCUGGAUCUUUGAGCAGCCUGAGGCGGGCGUCAAGUUCUACCGCUUCUAUUCUUACUUCAAAUUCUGGCUUAUCGAUGUAUCAGCGCUGGCUAGCUGCAUACCGACUAUGUUUGCUCUUUCGUUCUUCGGUAUCAUCCACGUACCCAUUAAUGUGCCAGCCUUGGGCGCUGCAGUGAAAGAAGACAAUCUCGAUGUCAACCGGGAGCUGAUUGCUCACGGCAUCUCCAACACACUGUCUGGGUUUGUUGGUAGCAUUCAGAACUACUUGGUCUAUGCCAACAGCGUGAUGUUUAUCGCGAACGGCGGCGACAGCCGUGUUGCAGGUUCUCUGCUUGCCCUUGCGACAGUUGCCGUCUGGAUCGCCGGCCCAGCCAUGAUCGGCUACAUCCCCAUCUGCCUCGUCGGCGCACUUAUCUUCCUGCUUGGCAUUGACCUCAUGAAAGAAGCUCUGUGGGACACGUUCGGCAAGUGUCACAAGCUUGAGUACCUCACCAUUGUAGCCAUCGUCUUGAUUAUGGGUAUCCAUGACUUCGUUGUAGGUAUCUUUGUUGGUAUUGUACUCGCCUGCGUGAGCUACGUUGUCCAGAGCUCUCGUCAUCCAGCUAUCCGCGGCUCUUAUAGCGGCAUUGUUGCAGAGUCGACUGUGCGACGCCCUCGAGCGGAUUGCCGCUACCUGAACAAGGUCCGAGGCCAGAUUCGGGUCGUCAAGCUAGGCGGCUUCCUCUUCUUUGGAACCAUUGUCUCCGUCGAAGACAAUUUGCGGUCGCUGAUCGACGAUGACAACUUCGAAGAACAACCAGUGAGCUUCAUCGUUGUCGAUUUCACACAUGUCACCGCCGUAGAUUUCUCGGGCUGCGAAGGCUUCCAGCGCAUCAACCGUAUCCUCGGGGGUAAGAACGUCAAGAUGAUCCUCUCUGGCGUGUCUUUUGGAAACGACGUAGGAAAGUCUCUCCAGAGCGUCGGCUUGCUGGACGAAGCGGAGGAUGAGGAGACUCCACCCCCUCCUCAGGUGUUCGAGGAUUUGAACACCGCGCUCGAGUCCUGCGAAAACGAGCUUCUCGAGGUGUUCCACAGACAUUGCAGCACGCAUGUUAAGAGGCGCCAAAUUACUCCACCGAUGUCCAUCAACGGCGCGAAGGACCUCAACGCCGAACCUAUAUUCUCUGGCGGCUCGCCGGCAUCCUCCUUCGGACCCAGUUCACUCAAUCCCGACUUCGCCUCGCCUCGCCGCGGCGCACGCCUCAUGGCCGCUCGCUCCACUAUGCGCGAGUCCUCUCAGAACUCCAAUUCCGACACCCUCUCCUUCCCGGCCUCCUCCAGUCACACCGAAUCCGCGCCCUCUGCCCAAGUCGUACCCUCGCGCUGGAAGAACUUCGCGCAGCCUCUCAAGAUCAUCCUCCAGACCUUCGAGGACGUAUCGCCCCAGAAUGAGGACUUCUGGCAUGCCGUUGCGCCAUACUUCUCGCGCCGCGAGCUUGCCGCUGGUUCGCUUCUCUAUUCAAGAGGCGAUGAUCCAGACGGCUUCUACAUCUUGGAGAAGGGCCGGUUUCGCGCAGAGUAUGAGCUUGAUCAGGGCAGCUUCUUCGAAGUCAUUCUUCCCGGCACAACCUGCGGCGAGCUACCGUUCUUCAGCGAGACAGAUCGUACCGGGACUGUGGCGGUAGAGAAUGAUAGUGUGGCAUGGUUGCUGACAAGGGAGAAGUUCAAGAAGCUAGAGGAGGAGCACCAGGAUGUCGCGAGAGAGCUGCUCAAGGUUGGCUUGAAGUUGACGAAGGAGAGGAUGGACGCCAUAACGAGCUAUGUGCUUGUUACUGCUUCGUAAGUUGACAGUGUCAGUCAACACGUACACUUGCUUCUUGCAUA